GUAUAUAUAGAGCAACUGGGGAUGUUUUAGAGUAGUUGCGCUGUUAGUAGCUUCUUGAGGGGUUCUUUCGGCGCUAGAAGGUCCUUCAACGAUGAUUUUGGCGGCUGUUUGCCUGCUGGCAGUUGGUGCCAGUGCCCAGCUCGGGCCCUCGGGAGUCAUCAGCCCCGAUGGAAACAAUGUACAGUUUUCCCACGACUUCGCUCACGGCAUCAAACUCAUUGGACCCUCCGGCGUCGUAAGCACAGCUGGAAACCUGCAGCUGACCGCCGGGCAGGCCAGGCUCCACAACGCCGUCCGAAGCAAGCGCAGCGCUGUCUUCGGCCCCUCUGGGAUCGUCAUGCCCGACGGGAGGAACGUCCAGUUCACCCCAGCGGAAGCCGACAACAUCGUCACCGUCGGCCCGUCCGGAGUCGUGAGGAAGGAUGGAAACAACAUUCAGCUUGACGGCCACGGAGUCCCCAUCACGAAGCGCAGUCUGCCGAGGGGCGUGUUCGGCUACUCGGGGAUCGUGAUGCCCGACGGGAGGAACGUCCAGUUCACGAGGGAGCAGGCCGAGAACAUCAUCCUCGUCGGGCCUUCGGGAGUGGUCACAAGGGACGGCAAGAACAUCCAGCUGAACGACCAGGGAGUGCCACGGGCGAGGCGCAGCGCUGUCUUCGGCCCCUCUGGGAUCGUCAUGCCCGACGGGAGGAACGUCCAGUUCACCCCAGCGGAAGCCGACAACAUCGUCACCGUCGGCCCGUCCGGCGUCGUGAGGAAGGAUGGAAACAACAUCCAGCUUGACGGCCACGGAGUCCCCAUCACGAAGCGCAGUCUGCAGAGGGGCGUGUUCGGCUACUCCGGUAUCGUGAUGCCCGACGGAAGGAACGUCCAGUUCACGAGGGAGCAGGCCGAGAACAUCCUCCUGGUCGGCCCUUCGGGAGUCGUUACGAAGGACGGCAAGAACAUCCAGCUGAACGACCAGGGUGUUCCGGCUAACUAGGGCGUCGGUGGUUACGCGCUGCAGGUACCAUCAGACUGACUUUUUUUCGUGAAACAACUUGUGAUUGUUAUGACUGCGUCUCUGAGAACUACUGUCAAGGUGCAAUAAAGAUCUAGAGUAAAA